AUGUGCGCGCUCACCUCUACAGUGAGACAGGUCGGCAACGAACUGAAGUCUGUGUUACUCGAUAACAGGGUGGGAAAUUACGGCAAGGGCAGCAAAAGCAUCGCACAAGAAUUGGACAAAGUGGUUGGUGAGACGAAGAAGCUUCACCAGCAUCUCGAAGCGGCGGAAAAACAGACAAAUGAUCAACAACGUUCCACCUACGGUGACCCGAACAAUGAAAUUCUGAAGAAAGUAAACGAGAUUGAGCAACAGGUUAAAAUGGCGAUGAAACAAAAAGGCAACGAUAUAGAGGUUGAAGAAACAAUGACGUCCUAUAAAGAAAAGAGAGAAAAACCAGCAAAUGAUAAAGAUGGCCUCUACAAGAAGCUGACUGAACAAGACAUCCCCCAGGCGAUGGAGCCCUUCAAGCAGAUGGGUGGAUUCAGUCAAGAACAAUCUGAACUUAAGGCAGGAAAAGUAGAAAAGGCUAAAAAUGCAGUCCAAGAACAUCUCUCCAAAAUAACCCGAACUCCAAGAGAUCGCCGGGAUGGUUAA